CCUCCGGCCCCUGGACGUGGAGUUCAUGAGAGCCCUGCACCAGCGGGUGAACAUUGUGCCUGUGCUGGCCAAGGCUGACACCCUGACCCCCGACGAGGUGGAGCGCAUGAAGAACAAGAUCCGGGAGGAGAUUGACCACUACGGCAUCCGCAUCUACCAGUUCCCCGAGUGCGACUCGGACGAGGAUGAGGAGUUCAAGCUGCAGGACCAGGCGCUGAAGGAGAGCAUCCCCUUUGCUGUCAUUGGCAGCAACACGGUCGUGGAGGCCAAGGGCCGGCGGGGGCGCGGGGCCCGCUACCCCUGGGGCAUCGUGGAAGUGGAGAACCCAUCCCACUGUGACUUCGUGAAGCUGCGGACGAUGCUGGUGAGGACCCACAUGCAGGACCUCAAGGACGUGACCCGGGAAACCCACUACGAGAACUACCGCACGCAGUGCAUCCAGAGCAUGACCCGCAUGGUGGUGAAGGAGAGGAACCGCAAGUACGGGCACGGGACGGGGGUGCCAGGCUGGGGAGGGGGGCUGGUGACCCCCAGCCCGUCGCCGGUGGUGAUCCUGGGGGGCUGGGGUUGUGCGUGGUCCAAGUG